UUAGGUGCGUGUGGAGGAGGCGAAGGAGGAGGAAGGGUCGCCAUGGUAGCCGAACACAACCUUCCCGCCAGAAUGAACGGCAGCAUUUCCUGGACACUGGAAGAUGUUCGGAGUCCACUUGCCGCUACUUCAACCAGCACCAGCGCACCCACCGCUCACCAGCUCUGAGGAGCACGUCUAACUGGACUUGGAAAGCACAUUGGCUACUUCUACGGGACUUAUGUAGCGCGUUCCAUGACGCAUGAAGGGGAAAUAGGGUUCUAAAGAUCCUGGAAUUGCAGUUAGGGUGUUUUGGAAAUUGGACCUUGAGUAGCAAGUUCAAAUUGUCUGGAACUUCAAAGAACAAGUCCAAAGAGUCUGGAACCACAAAGAACAAGUCCAAAGAGUCUGGAACCUCAAAGAACAAGUCCAAAGAGUCUGGAAUCACAAACAACAAGUCCUAGAUGUCCUUUACCCUGAGUAGUAAGUCCAAACAGACGGUAAUUACCACAAGCAGCAAGUCCGACCAAACUUGCAACCUUAAGGGAAACUAAUAAACACUUGUAAUAAGUGAUUAAAACACCAAAUGUGUUGUAGAGGAGAACGCUCUUGUCUCAGCUGUCACUCCUGACACUUUUUGGCCACCAUCUUCCUGUGAGAGUGUUAGUUAUUCUGGCGUCUAUUGCUUCACCCUCAUCACCCAAACUCAUCCAUCUACGAGUGUCAAAUAACCACUCACCCGUCUACUAAGCACCUACACCCACCUAUCUACAAGGGUCAGACAACCACUCACCCGUCUACUAAGCACCUACACCCACCUAUCUACAAGGGUCAGACAACCACUCACCCGUCUACUAAGCACCUACACCCACCUAUCUACAAGGGUCAGACAACCACUCACCCGUCUACUAAGCACCUACACCCACCUAUCUACAAGGGUCAGACAACCACUCACCCGUCUACUAACCAUCUACACCCAGCCAUCAACAAGCACCAAACAAGGCCCAAGCCGUGCCCAAGCACCUACACCAUGUACUCCCAGGAUGUGAACACCACGGCCAGAACCACCCCCACAGAGUACUACUACUACAGCAACCCCAACCACUACUACGACACCCUGGACGACAACACCACGACCUGCCCGCCAAACGGGACAGAGAUGAGCGACUUGUGUGUCGAGUACGAGGUGCCGACCUUCCGUCACUCCCUCUCCGUCACUAUUCUCUACUGCGUCGCGUACGUCUUCGUCUCCGUCAUGGGCGUCAUCGGGAACAGCUUCGUGGUGGCGGUGGUGAUGCGGGCGCCGCGCAUGCGCACCGUCACUAACGUCUUCAUAGCCAAUCUGGCCGUGGCCGACCUGCUUGUCAACAUUAUCGUCAUGCCCACCACGCUCAUUGGUCACCUCCUCAACGCCUGGGUGCUGGGCCUCUUCGUGUGCAAGGCCAUGUCCUAUCUACAAGGGGUGAGUGUGUCCGCCUCUAUCAACACGCUGGUGGCCAUCUCGGUGGACCGAGCGCUGGCCAUCUGUUACCCCAUGAGAUGCCAGAUCACCUCCCGCACCUGCCGCAGCAUCAUCGUCGUCAUCUGGGCCUUCUCUCUCACCAUCACCCUCCCCUGGGCCAUCUUCUUCAAGCUAGAACCCAUCCCGGAUACCGACCUCCACGUGUGUACAGACAAGUGGCCGGAUCCCCACAGUGGCAACAUGUACUUCGUGCUAGCCAACAUGGUCAUGUGCUACCUCCUGCCUCUCACUGUCAUCUCCGUCUGCUACAUUCUCAUCUGGUGCAAGGUGUGGCGGCGUAAGCUCCCGGGAGAGCAGCAGGACGUGGGUGUAGCCAUGAUGAUCCACAGGUCUAAGAUCAAGGUAAUUAAGAUGCUGCUGGUGGUGGUGAUUCUCUUCGCGCUCUCUUGGCUCCCUCUCUACGCCAUCUUCGCCAGGCUCAAGCUGGGGGUGGUGCUGACGGAGAUGGAGACGCAGGUCAUCCACGUGCUGGCGCCCAUCGCCCAGUGGCUGGGAGCCUCCAACUCCUGCAUCAACCCCAUCCUCUACGCCUUCUUCAACGACAAGUUCCGCUCCGGCUUCAAGGCGAUCCUGGUGUCAAGGUCGUGCUGUUCUCCGCUCCGCCUCGACAACAACUGCAAGACCUUUCACUCAGUCAGGGCCCAGAACCUGUGCUCCCUGGAGUCUAAAGCUUCCUCAGAGUUCUCGGUGUACUCCAGCUCCUCCGGCUCCGCUGAGACGCGCCACAAGUCUGUUUUGGUGCAGGUGCCGGUGGAGAGCCGCGGCGCCCGGGCGGUGGUGUCGACCACAGCAGCAGCAGAGAGGAAGAGGCCCGUGGUGACACAGCGCUCCAAGACCUCCAUGGUCCUCUACCGUCAGUGUAUCAUCAACAACCUCACCAACGGCGCUGCCUCCUCCUCCUCCAAUACACCUACCACAAUCACCACCACCACGGCCGCCACCACCACCACUGCCACACAAGUCAACGGGUGUACCACACUCGUAUGAGAGGCUCACGAGUCUAACAACCAACUUUGGGACUGAGGGUACAGAAACGGCUCUUAAGAGCAUAGCAGAUCAACGUUUUCUAGCUGUGGCAGAACUUGAAUAUCAACGGGAGUCUUGAUAUAAGCCUUCAUGCAGACAGGGGCGAAGCUUGUCUCAAAGCUCAAAUUAUAAUACAUCAACUUGAGACGAGACUGGCAGGAGCCUGGUUGAUACCUGGCUGAUGGGGUUCUGGGAGUUCUUCUACUGCUCAAGCCCGGCCCGAGGCCAGGCUUGACUUCAGGCUUGACUUGUGAGAGUUUAGUCCACCAGGCUGUUGCUUGGAGCGGCCCGCAGGCCCACAUACCUACCACAACCCAGUUCAACAGUCAACAACCACUCGUACUGUGUACACAAGAGUGACAUCUGGACGUUUAUUGAAUCGUGGGAAGUGUCCUACGGCCGAGCUCAUCACCUUGGCAUCACUCUCACUGCCUCAACACGGAAAACAUUUCUGCAGCAACAGGCAACAGAGUUAAAGUUUCUGAGGUAAAUGUGUAUACAGUACUUUAAGGUCACCAGUGAGGACUAAUAUUGUAUAUAUCACAGAUUUCCUGACAACUUUAUAUAUUAUUGGUUCAUACGAACUUAUUUUGUAUAAAGUCACAGACAUAAACGUGUUCUUAUUGGUGCAGAACCACGAAGAGUUCCUCAGGAGAGGAACGUCAUUGACUUAAGGUGGGAUCAGGAGUCUGUAAUCAGGAGUCUGUGAUCAGGAGUCUGUGAUCAGAGGCCUGUGAUCAGAGGCCUGUAAUCAGGAGUCUGUGAUCAGAGGCCUGUAAUCAGGAGUCUGUGAUCAGAGGCCUGUAAUCAGGAGUCUGUGAUCAGAGGCCUGUAGUCAGGAGUCUGUGAUCAGAGGCCUGUGAUCAGGAGUCUGUGAUCAGAGGCCUGUAAUAAUGGGCCUGACUCGGGACUACUAUCACCAAUGAGAGGCCUUGGGUGGUCGAGCUUAACCCUCAGUUCUGCUACAAGUUUCAGGUAAUUUCUGACUUGCCUUAAUACCAGACAUCUAGAGUUUGUGUGAUGAUAAAACAAUUCUAUUAGGCUCAUUACUGUUAGAUAGGAGUGUCGUUAUACUUAUAAUGACGUGACAGAGAUCAUUUCCAUUUAAGGAAGUCACUGGAGGAUAUAUUUCUUCGGGGGCAGAUGUGACGAGUGAAUUAGCUGAGUGGUAUUCUCUUGAGUGAGAAAAGUAGGUUGGUAGAUGCCUAGACAUUGAUCAAAAUAGAGAAGCAGAAGCAGAGUUUUUUGACGCAACAAACAACAGAGUCUUGCUGGACAAUGGAAUUAAUUUAAGAUUUUCUUUUGGAGAAAUCGAGAAAAUACAUGAAAAAAUUAUAGGUAUAGAUUAUUAAUAUGUCGAAAGGUCAUAAACCAGUGAACAGUAUUGAAAUGCUAUGGAAACAAAUCCCGUGUGUUUGGGAGUACUGUUCUCACACUUGCUACUGCGAUACGGAGACCCCAAGCUCAACACAUGUAGAUGUUCCACUGAACCUAUAUGAAGUUUAGCACUUACCAAAACUGGAGCCCACAAGCUACUUUCUCAUGUGAAUCAAUCAUGCACUACAGAUUCUGUAGACAUGGUCAGGAAAGACAUUUUGUCCCAUUGUUACCAAAAACAUAACGCAAGAGCACCUUACGUAAAACGUACAUAUGGCUACCAGCUUGUAUAACGUGCACUAUAUAAGUUUAGUAGAACUCUUUCGGUUUGUGUUACGCUUAGAGAGAGAGAGAGAGAGAGAGACAGGUCACACAAUCACUAAUAUAGCUUACACUCAACCUUACCCAUCAUUGUAUAGUACGAUGCAGGGCGUGACUUUGUAUAACUAUUAUCUGGUGUAAUCAUCAGUAUCUCACCGGUGUAGAGGCCAUGCACAAGCCUUACCACUGACUGGUAAUCCACUGCUCAGUCUCUACACACCCUCGCACAAACUUCAUAUACAAAUAUAUGAAAGACUGAUUAGUAGCCAAACAUAGAAACGGUGCAAGUUCAUAUAAUUUCAUGUUAUAUAUAUAUAUAUAUAUAUAUAUAU